AUGCCAGAUGUUCUGGCAGUUUGGAAUCCAUUGCCUGCAGUGGUGUUCAUGCGAGAGGAGCUGCUACCCGCGCAAUAUUUGGAGCUGCCGGAUGUGAAGCUAACGCCCUACUUGGCGGUAUGGGUGGUUCGGACCAAACGCGAAGGCGCGGAGAGAGGCGAAGCCUUCACAAACGACAUCACGGCCUUCCACGUGCGACUGGAGUGCAAGAUCCUGCCGGACUUGGCGGAGGCCACGCGGAGGGUGACCUACAUCGACAAGGCCAACAAUGGCCAGGUGCAGACGGUGUUCUUGCUGAAGCACGACUUGACAAUUUGGUCCAUGCCGCUGGACAAGACCGCCAAAUGGGAGAAGGUGCUGCUCACAGAGGGCAUGCGCAUCGUCAAGAUUGGGCCCGAGGACUCGGAAGAGAACCAGAACCUGCAGAAGGGCGUGGCGCUGCAUCCUUUGGCGUUGCUCUCCCGGUGUUUUAGCGUCUACCGCGGGCACUUGGAUUUGGUGCUAGUUGCCACGCAGGAUUUGUCGCCCAUGUUCAAGGAGGACUGCCAAGAGUUGCAGGAGGCCUGCAAGGCCGAGGGCCUGGGCCCGGAGACCAACGGCUACUGGCCCCCCCACCGGAUGUUCGACCAGAGCUACGAGAAGACGAUCUGCGUGUAUCGGUCGCUGAAGCUCCCGCUCUUGCGCCUUGGCCACGAAGGCGGACACGACUGA